AUUCUGGCUUUGUUGUGUUUGAGGUCAAAACCAUUCUGAAGCUGGUGGGGCGGUCACUGUCACAUGGUUCAGCUUACAUCGUUUAUCCGGUGGGUGGGGGCCCUAGAACCUCAUUUAGUAGCAGGGGGUGGGCACCAUCACCAUGAAAUACUCAGCGGGAGACUCCCUCAGCCUGGGCGUCACGUCGGCGAUUCCAGGACAACGUGUCACGGGGAGGCCUGGCUGACAUUCCAGCACGCGCCUUCAGCCACGGGCGUGGCCUGGCACCAAGCAAACAACCAGUCCUGCAUUCCUCAAUUAGCCGGCAGGAUGGCGCGGAGGGCGCGCUGAAGCCUCAGGCGGAGAACCAGUCGCGCGGCGUCCCGAGACCCGGCACCUCAGCGGGGUAAGGUCAGCACCAAGCCAGCGCCCAGCAGCCUGCAGGACCGGGUUGGCACGGCAUCCGGCACCCGGAGUAGAGACACAGGAUGACUUCCACACAGCAGCUGUGUCAGCGAUGGAGCACCGUUCUCCUGGUAGGUGUCAUGUGGGCAGUCUGCCACAGGGAGGCACCCUUGUUCCCAUCCCUCAGCCUCUCCCAGGUGUGUGAGAGGCUCCUGCUGGCUGCGGGGCUGUGGACCGGCUUGGGGUUGUGCAUCUUCAGUUUCAGGACUCUGCUUCACUACCACAAGCAACAGGGGAUGCACCUCCUGCAGCCAGAGGAGGCUGUGGAGAGGAGCGAGGCACGUCCCCAGGCCUGGACAGCCCCAGAGUCCAGCCCUGGCCUCAGUGUCUGUGAGACUCACGCCCUGCUCAGCUGCAUGCUUGUGCUCCUCUGCUCCGAGUCGCUGCAGGACGGCAGUCUGGCGGCUGUGUUGGAGCAAGCUGACAGGCUGGAGAGGGCUGCUCAGGCCCUCCAGAAGGGGGCAGUAGUCUUCCCUGCCCAGCCACAGGGGGGCAGGACGGGCCAGGAGGUGGAGACACCAGCCGAGAGACUGCAGAGAAUCGGCAGCUACCUGGAGAGCAGGUCCCAGUCGUUGCGGACUCUGUUCCGGGCCCAGACCGUAUAUCAGAAUGCCGCAGAGGAAGCCCUGAAAGGGCUGGGCUGCUGCUGGGACCGACUGGAGGAGAUGCACGACUGCGUCACCGUGCCGACGGCGAUGAAGGAGCGGGUGAACCCAGAGGGGGCUCUGCGAGAGGUGGAGAGUCUGUCGGCGGAGCUGGUGAAGCAGGAGGAUCGUCUGCGGAUCUGUAAGGCACGUGCCAAGGACAGCUGUCACCUUCUGCAGGAGCUGAGUCACAGCCAGCGGGGGCUGCAGGACCAGUCUGGAACCAGGCCCAUGCCCCUGUGGACCGACAAGCUGAUCCAGUCCAAUGAAAUGCAGCUUGCAGAGCUCCGCAGCAAGUUCGUGUCCCUGGAGCACCUCAUGAUUUGCCUCCGGACUCACCUGGAAGGUCUGCGGGACGGCGUGGUGCUGAACGGGGCCGCGUGCUUCCUGGGCCAUGCCCGGCCGCUGCCGCCCCCCAGCCCGCCAGCGUCUCCACGCUCCUGCGCCUCCUGCUUGUGCUGCCCCCUGUGGUGAAGAUGACCCUUCACUCCUUGUACAUUGUCCUUUAUCCUCCUGGAGAGGGAAGUUUUAUUUAUUUUGUAUAAAAUGUUUCAAUAACUAUAUAAUCAAGUUCAAUAAAUAUUUUUUUCAAU